GUCAUGUUUCGUUCCACAACGUUCACAUGUCGUUAUAACCAAACUACAGGAAUAGAAAUAAAUGUUUAUGGAAAGUGUUUAUUUUUUCAGGUUGACCAAGAAAAGGAACAUCACGAGAUGGCGUACAUGAUGCCUACAUGCAUGGUAAUAAUAUUAGUGUCGUCUGCUUCGGUCCUAACUGAAACAGUGCAGACCAAAUAUGGACGGUAUAUUGGUUUCAUAGAAGAUACGGAGUACGGAAAUAUAUCGAAGUUUCUGGGAAUACCUUAUGCCAAACCUCCUAUCGGGGACAGACGAUUCAGCGUCCCCGAGGCUCUCACUGGACAGGAAGACAUCACCUUCGAUGCCGACCAGUUCAAACCUGCGUGUGAACAAAAUGAAGCUAUAUUCAAUAAUAUUUACGCCCCUCAUUUGGCGAAUAAUACCAUGAGUGAAGACUGCCUGUACCUGAACCUAUAUGUUCCCAGCAGUGUCAACAGGACGAGGCAGGAACCAUUAGCGGUGAUGAUCUGGAUUCAUGGUGGAGGGUUUCAGUUCGGAGCCGGGUCUCUCUUUGACGGAUCCCGACUUGCACUAACUGGAGACGUGAUCGUCGUCACCAUCAACUACAGACUAGGGUUACUAGGUUUCCUUGGAACCGAGGACACAGUUGCAAGGGGAAACUGGGGACUAAUGGACCAGAUGAGAGCGUUAGAGUGGGUGCAGGCAAACAUAGAACAGUUUGGCGGCAACCCAGGGAAUGUGACCCUGUUUGGUGAAUCUUCCGGUGCGUAUAGUGUAGGACUUCACAUCCUAAGUCCGCUCUCCCGUGGUCUCUUCAAUCGUGCAAUAUCGCAGAGCGGGUCAGCCAUUAUGAACGUGUUGAACAGACGGCCUCGAGAACGUGUUAUCAAAGUCGCUCAGUACCUCAACUGUUCCAGUGGGAACCUCCCCCAAUCCAGCCUCAGCCAGGUCAGGUGUCUCCGGCACGCAGACGUGAAAGACCUCGUCAAAGCAGACGGCAGUAUCACGUCAUCAUUAGCACCCUUCACUCCAACAGUUGAUGGAUACUUUCUUCCAAAGGAACCAUUUGAUAUGAUUAAACAGGGAAUAUUUUCCGCUGUAGAUUACAUCAUUGGUAUGAACAGUGACGAAGGCUCGGCCACGCUGGACACCUUGCCUUCAGUGUUGUACGGUGAGGGGAUGAACAGAGCCAUGUUUGAUACAUUCCUGUCACGGAUCUUUAUAGCCAGUUACCCUACGCCUCUUCCAGUACGUGUAACGGAUGUCGUCUGGUCGACACUACUUUCACACUACCUCCCAGACGACGACAACGUAGCAGACUACAGACGACGCUACUUGGAUGCCAGGAGGGAUGUUUUUGUCGCCCAAACGCUUCAGUACGCCAAAUACCACUCCACCAAAGCCGAUUGCUUCGUGUACUACUUCACCCACAGGCCGUCUCGAUCUCAGUACCCAGACUACAUCCGGGCGGCGCAUUCAGACGACCUGCAGUUUGUGUUUGGGGCAUCCAGAAUCAGGGUACACGUGAAGAAAAAGAACUCAGUGCUGACUGGAUGGAAGCCUGGGCCUCAUUUGCAAAAUAUGGGUAUGUGCACUAAGUUACUCCAAAAUCCCAACUUCAACUCAAGAAAGAUUAAUUGGCAGCGCUACAGUGAGUCGACAAGAUCGUAUUUGGAAAUAACUGUGAAUAUGUCAGAGUCAAAUUUGAAAACGAGGCUUUUAGAAGGCGGAAGCAUGCUAUGGAAUGACGUUCUUCCGGGAAUAGUAUCCAUGGCAACAGGUCAAAGGCCACAGGUGUCAAUGGCGGCCGCGGGCCCGGGAAUGGUCGCUCUUCGACAUACCAUGGUUUCUAAAGAUAGUGGUAAGGACUGGGGGAUGAGCACCCAGCAGGCCGAGGAAGUCAUGUUGAGUUUGAUUCUUAUUGUCACCUUCCUCGUGGUUGUCUGCGCAGCGUUGGUGCGCAUGGUGUGCUACGUCGACAAGAAGCGAGUUCCGCCAUCAAGGGGUUUCGUGAACGAAGCUUAUGACUUGAAAGUGUUUCACAAAUGUUCCAAUGUGGACAAGGUCAGAACUGGAUGCCCCCAUAAAAGCAUGGAAAGUGCAACGAAGUUGUGACGCCCGACGUAUUAAUUACGUCAUGGUAACUUGUCAUCUCUACCAGCAUCCCUGUUGCAACUAUAUUCAUUCAUGUUACUGUCAUGGAGAAGAGCAUAGCUAUCGCAUAAGUAAAGGAGGAAAGUGUUUCCGGGACUGGUUCCUGCAAACAAUGUCCACUGCUUGGGUUUACCAUUUAUGCUCAGGAAACAUGUGAAUAUAUGUGUAUUACUACGGAUCCCGGAUGGGACCCAACCCAACAAAAAUAUUAGACUUUGUACGUUACUAAGAAAGUGUCAUCCCAAAUAUAACAUUAUGUUACAUUUGACCACUUUCUAAAUGGCAUUGUGUAUUCAUAUUACUACGCCACCGUUACCGGAGAUAUUACGGAGGUGUCGUAAAACGCCGGGAGUCUCCGACUGCAUGCGGAAAGUGACGGACGCUUGCAAGUCUUUACGGCAGCUUACAAGGCACAAAUGCAGCAACAUACAAUGGCCUCGGAUACCGCGAGUAGUGACUGUUGUAACAUUUUAUGUUUGUACGUCCAAAACACUCGUAGUUAGGGUGUUGACUAAUCGUGUAUUCAUGAUAUCGGUCAUCGGUUUACUCCCAAAAGUCAGACAAAUCAAUCAGGCGGGACUGUGAUUACAACCUUGUCUUACCCACUCAUAUAAUGAACCUGCCCCAUACACUAACGAGAUGGUUUUCACAUUUGUACAGAAAUACUUUGAUCAGAAUACUAAUGUUGACUGGCUUACUGUAUCACUGGGUUCUCGAAAUGUGUUUUCGCAAUGUUCACAAUAUGUUGUUGAGUUUCCAUUAACUUAAAGGAGUUACUUCCUUCCUAGCAUUGUUUUUUCCAGCAUAAACAAUAUAAAAUAUAGAAAGAAGUACAGGGUGUAUGGUUAACAUUCAAUUAUAACUGGCAAAUAAUAGGAAAACAUUAUCCACUCUACCAAAUUCAACACUAUCUACACAAAAUCAACCUUCAUCCAAACGGCAAAUGUAUCACUUGCCAAAUUCCUGAAACAAUAGCCCACACUAUCUUUAACUGCUCAAAAUAUAAUAAGCAAAGAACCCCAUUUCCCAAUGCUUUAAAACAGUACCUCAACAAUGCUAACUCUUCUGAUCUCAACAUUCUUACAAAGCCCAAAUUAAUUAAAACAAUUACUAAAUAUCUUAUUCAUACAAAAUUAUAUCAAACAAUCUAG